CUUUCAGUGGAACCAGCAUUACUACGCUACACCACCAGUACUCUCCGAUCGAGUGACAAUCGCCACUAGUACUACACCACAAUCGCCACCAGUACUACACCACAAUCGCCACCAGUACUCACCACAAUCACCGCCGGUACUAUGCUCCGACCUCAAUCGCCACCGAUACUAUGCUUCGACCAUAAAAUCGACCACUAUUACAUUCUCCGACCAUAAAUCGACCACUAGUGUGUGUUCCGACCAUAAAUCGACCACCAAUGUGUGCUACGACGAUAAAUCAACCAUCAGUGCAUGCUCAGACCACAAAUCAGCUUCUCCAUUGCUCUGACAACCACUUCGAUUUGAACUCUCAAAUUUGCACUUCCAUUGCACUUUAAUUUUCGAGCAAAUUUGGUUUUUUAUUUAAUUUGGUGAUUGUAAGUGUAUGGAUCAAUUGUUUUGUUUUUGUUACUACUUUGGAGACUUAUAGUUUGUUAACCCACAAUUCCCUGAAAUUAACCCACAAUUCCCUGAAGCACAAAGAAGACAGUGGAGAAGAAGAACCUAUAGGUGUUGUUCAUAUUUUGAAUUGUCUUGAACAAUCUUUUGAAGCAAAUCGAUGGCACAUGUGGGAGAUUCGAGUUGGGACUAUCUCUACAAAUGGACUAAGAAAAAUUGGUGAUCUAAUUGUCAGGGCUAUGGAGAGAGUAGGCAAGGAGGGAGUCAUUACUAUUCAAGACGGGAGGACGGGAAGACACUGGAAAAUCAUUUGGAAGUUGUUGAAGGGAUGAAGUUGGAUAGGGGUUACAUAUCACCAUACUUCAUCACAAAUCAAAAGAAUCAGAAAUGUGUAUGGUUUUGGUUUGCUAAUCUUAGUUAAGCUCGCACAUAUGUUGUGUCGAGGCUUUUUCAUAUGUUUCAUCAUUCUCCUUUUUGUUUAAACUCACUAUGCUCCUGCUAUGUCUGGCAAGAACUCGACGACCCACUAAUUCUUAUUCAGGAGAAAAAGAUCCCAAGCGUUAAUAUUGUUGUGAGAGCAUUAGAGUUAGCUCUGAAGAGACAAAAGCCCCUCUUAAUUGUGGUUGAAGAUAUGGACAGUGAAGCACUUGCUACUCUUAUUUUGAACAAGCUUUGUGCUGAUGGAAUCAAGGUUUGCGCCAUCAAAGCAUCGGGCUUUGGCGAAAACAGGAAAGCCAAUUUGCAAGAUCUCGCUAUUUUAACUGGAGGCCAAGUCGUAACAGAAGAGCUUGGACUGAGCAUUGAAAAUGUGGAGUUCGAGAUACUGGGAACUUGUAAAAAGGUGACUAUCUCCAAGGAUGAUAUUGUCAUUCUUGAUGGUGCUGGUCAGAAGAAGUCCAUAGAGGAACGAUGUGAACAGAUUAAAUCAGCCAUUGAAUUGAGCACAUCUGACUAUGACAAGGAGAAGUUGCAGGAAAGACUAGCUAAGAUUUCAGAGGCUGUUGUUGAAAUGCAUGCUUAAGGGAUCAUUCAGAACUUUUUGUAAACUUAUGUCAACUCUUGAAUUGUGAAAUUAUAUUGUAUAUUUGCUUUUUGUAUAGGUUGGAUAUUUUGCAUUACGAUUAGUUGAUUAAUGUAGUCCUAUGUGAUUUAUUUUUCACUUGAAAAAGAAGAAUAAUGCUUUUAAAUGGUGAUAGGCUUGUGGAAGUGGAUAUCGAAAAGAACUGGAUAUUGAAAAGAACGCGGACAAUUCUGCAUUGAU